GCUAGCGAGAGAAAGAAGUUCAGAAAAGAAAACAUUACCUACUCGAUAGUUUCAGUCACAAGCAAAUUUGCUUGCGUUGCAACGAGAUUCGGGCUAGCUCACUCGCUCCGAGUCUGCUAAGUGUCGGAGCAAUGGCGAUCAAACCCCCAGGCUCAAUGCCCUGGCGCAAAUCACCUUUUCAACGAAAAGGAUAUCCUCCGGAGAUUUUCCAGGACGAGAACUUUCGCGAGAAGAAGUACCUUUGCUCACAUUGUCACCAGGUGCUUGACCAGCCGCGUAGUGGUCCGUGUGGUCACCGCUACUGUCGACUUUGCCUCGAAGACCGCAUAGAUCGGAUGAGACCCACUGCUGAAUGCUACUGGAAGGAUUGCCAGGCAGUUCUGAAACCAGCAAAGCUGGUGGAUGAGAAAGACUUGGCAAAUGAGCUGGAAGAGCAAACGGUCAAGUGUGAUUCGGGGCCAUGUGAAUGGAGUGGUAGCCUCAGAGACUAUGUUAAACACGAAGAAGAAUGUCAGUAUGGAUACUCCUGUUGUCCGUUUGGCUGCGAUGUAAAGACACCUCGACCACGGAUUUCCCGUCACUACAAGCAACAUGCGCUACUUCACCAGGACUUACAAACAGCUGAACAGCAAACCGGGGUCAUUGACCAACUGAAGACGGAAGUAGAGAAGGUUCAGCAUGAUGUGGAUGCAAUGCAGAAAAGCCAAGCUGCUUGCAAGAAGGACGUGACUGUAGUUCGCACGGAGAGUACCAGACUUAGCAGAUCUGUUCAGAAACUGCAUGAAGAGCAGUUGAAGUCUGUUGCAACUAAAGGUGAACUUGAUGCCGUUCGUCAAGAUUCAACACAGUCUGUACUUGACUUGAAAAAUGAGAUGAUCGCAGCAAUGGAGGAGAGCAAUGCAGUUUUGACUCAGCAUGCAGAGCAGUUGAAGUCUGUUGCAACUAAAGGUGAACUUGAUGCCACUCGUCAAGAUUCAACACAGUCUGUACUUGACUUGAAAAAUGAGAUGAUCGCAGCAAUGGAGGAGAGCAAUGCAGUUUUGACUCAGCAUGCAGAGCAGUUGAAGUCUGUUGCAACUAAAGGUGAACUUGAUGCCACUCGUCAACAUCCAACACAGUCUGUACUUGACUUGAAACAUGAGAUGACCGCAGCAAUGGAGGAGAAGAAUGCAGUUUUGACUCAGAAUUUGAAGAUAACUGCUACUAAAGACGAACUGGCUGCUGUUAGCAAGGAAGCAACUCGUGUCAGCAAGUCGGUGCUUGAAGCUAAACAUGGCGCAGCUGCAGCAAUGGAGAGGAGCAAUGAAGCCUUAGCUCAGAUGGAAGCAUUGAAGAGAGACAUUCCUUCCACUGACUACACCGCUGUCUUGGCUAUGUUGACAGAGAUCUUAUCAUCGGUGGACGCACUAACUGCAUCUCAACAAUCUAUCACAGAUAAAACACAGCAACAAUUCGGUGCACUUUCGCAGAGACUGGAGAAAGGUGAACAAGAUACAACAGCAGCAUGUCAACGCAUAGUGGAAAUGCAAAACCAGACCAACACAACUGUCCGCCAACUACAGGAGCAAAAUGCUACAACCUCCACAAGCAUUGGACAACUACUGGAGGAGCAGCAAGACACUAGUGAUAAGGUUUCACGUGUCUCAGCAGCUGUUACCACCAUUCAACAAGUUCAAUCUGACAUGCGCAGUGACUUGGAGGGAAAAAUCGCGGGUGCAACACAAAAUCACUAUAGGUCCAUCCACAAUAACUCUUCAUCAUUUGGUAGCAAGGGUAAUGGCAGGGAGCAGUUCACUAAUCCAUAUGGCAUCACAAUCAGCAACGAUGGAACGGUCUUUAUUGCUGAUUUUGGCAAUCAUCGGGUGAAGAUCACCACACUGGAUGGUACAUACAUACGUGAUAUAGGCAAACUGGGCAGUGGUAAUGCUGAAUUCAAAGAUCCCACUGAUGUAGCUGUGGAUGACGAUGGUGAUCUUGUGGUGGUUGAAUAUGGCAACAGGAGACUGCAGGUCCUACAUCAGGAUGGGUCUUACGUGAAAACGAUUGGUAACGGUAUGGGUGAAUCGCAUGGUGUUGCAGCACUGUCUCUGCCCCAGCAUGGUAUUUGCUAUGCUGUAACCGAUCUCUAUGACCAUUGUGUGAGAGUGUUUACGAAAGGAGGAAGGCAGUUGAACAAGUUUGGUACUAAAGGAAGUGGACCAGGACAGUUCAACGGACCACAGGGUAUUAUCUCGUCCGACGGCAGAUUGCUGGUUGUGGAUAUAUACAAUCACCGUAUCCAGGUUUUCACUACUGAUGGAAACUUCAUUACCAUGUUCGGAUCAGAGGGAGAGUCAGAUGGUCAGCUCAAGCACCCUCGGUACAUUGCCGAGGAUAGGCAUGGUCACUUCUUGGUCACUGAGGAGUACAAUCACCGUGUUCAAGUGUUCACUUCUGACACAUUCUCUCACGUGGCUACCUUCGGUUCAAGGAGUUGUCUUUCUCAUCCGAACGGCAUUGCUGUAUCACCCAGUGGUACUGUGUAUGUUAGUAACUGGGGAAAAGACUGCAUCACAAUGUUCUAACUUUUGUCCCGGAGCAUCUUGUUUCUUGUUCUACACUAAUGUUUCUCACUGCUGUGAAACAUGAACAGGACCAGAAUUAGCAGUUUUGCUUGCUCAGGCUUUCCUAUAGUAUUUCAGUUUUUUUUUGUGACACAUCUAGUAUGCAUAACCUGGCCAGUAGGAAACAUGUAUUGUGCAGGCCAACAGUAGAUCCAGCCAAGUCAUGACCGACUGGACCAGUUCCAACAUGCCUGAUUAAGCUGAUGAACAUUAUGAGCAUUGCCAAUAAGUAUUACUGUUUAUCAUACUUGCAUGCUUGUAUGCAUGCUUGCAUAUGUGUGUAUGUGUGUGUGUGUGUGUGCAUUUGUUAGUGUGUGUGUGUGUGUGUGUGUGUGUAUGUAUGUAUGUGUGUGUCAGUGUGUGUGUGUGUGUGCGUGUGUAUAUGUGUGUGUGUGCCUGUGUGUGUGUGUGUGUGCAUGCGUAUGAGUCUGUGUGUGUGUGAAUAUGUAUGUAUGUGGGGUAUGUGUGUGUGUGUUUGUGUGUGUCAGUGUGUGUGUGUGUGUGUGUUUGUGUCUGUGUGUGUGUGCAUGCGUAUGAGUAUGUGUGUGUGACUAUGUAUGCAUGUGGCGGUAUGUAUGUGUGUGUGUGUGUGUGCGCGCGCGCGCGUGUGUGUGUGUGUUUGUAUAUGUGUGUGUGCAUGUGUGCAUUUGCUUAUGAACUCCUGCACUGAGUUGUAUAUCCACAUUGUACUUCGAUCACUCUCAUUGUUACAAUCCUAUUCUCGCUGUACAGAGGAUGAUUCUGUUGAUUGUGUUGGCUGCGUGCUCAUUUCUUUUCUCUGAAAAUCUAUUGCAUUUCAGCAAAAUGUCUCGCUGCAAAGUGUCGCAAUACACCAUGGAGUUUUUUUAUGUUUUUUUUGUACAUUGAAGAAUGUGCAGAAUUUCUGAGGUGCUGUUUUCUUUCUAUCACGUUUUAUGGUGUUUUGUGCUAUCAUCUAUAUUAAAUUUUUCGAAUUGUUUCAAAACGUUUUUAAUGCUGCUGCUCAACCUUCUUUGAUCUGAAGAGAUAGAGUCUUGUUAGUUGUGUGAUGAUUGCCUAUGAAGUAUGGCCAUGAAACUCUUA